UCGUAGCUACCUUCAUGACAAAAAUAUAACUUCUUCGAACUCCACGUGCGAUAUAUUUUUAUUUUUCAUGUGGAAAUAAUCUCAAAAACAAGAAAAUAUGGGGAAAUUCAGGUCCAAACUGAAAGGUAAAACUAAGGGAAAAAGAUGGCAAAAAGGGCAAUCUUCUACUUCGAAUCCAAAGCUUCAAAAAUAUAGAGAGAUGGCAAAAUCCCGGUUUUUCCAGGAAAAUUUGGGCAAUACGGGUUUAACUCAGCAGGCUGUUUUAAAACACGAUGCUAUGAUCACGUAUGGCCACAGUACUGGUAAACAAAAGUCGGAGGCUGAAAAGGAAUUGACCAUUGCCAAGGAAUUUGAAAAUAUGUCCAUGAAAUCUGGCGAUGAGGGAUCAGAAAGUGAAUACACAGGGUCAAUGAAGUCAGGAACAUUUAGGACUUUCCAAACAUUUGCCUCUGAUUGGAGCCAGUGUUCUAAUGUUAGUUUUAGCAAGUUAUUGAAGAAGUUUGACUCAAACAACGCAGUGCACAAAGAGAUGCUGGCUGUGUUAGCAGCCGUCACUGAAGUGAUCAAGGAGCAAGGAGGAAAGGAAACUACCACUGAAUAUUUUGCUGCAUUGAUGGAGACUUUAAAAGCUUCCGAAGGCGAAGAAAGUUUGGUGGCAACCCUGUCAUUACUAUCUAUGGGGAUAAAGUCUGUACCUCAAGCAGUUCUUCGUAAACAAUUCUCAGAAUCGGCAACAAUUUUCACCAACAUAUUAGAGAAUAAUGAACAAACAGAAAAUGGUACGCUGUUACGAAGUACCAUAGGCUGUCUGUCUGUGCUGCUCAGAGCUCAGGAACAUGCAUUGUGGAGUGAUUCGUCUACUAUGAAAGUGUUCGACUCUGUAUUGGCUUUUACUCUACACUCGAAACCUAAGGUACGCAAAGCAGCUCAGCACGCUGUAACGUCUAUACUGCGAGCCAGCUGCUUCAUGAUUCCCUCGGAAGAUCAGAAAAUUAAGGUACCGAAAGUGCACCCUGCGUCGAACCGCGUGGCGGAAUAUUGCUUGUCGCAAAUCAAAGCGGAAGCCCUCCUGUCGGGUCAUCGCUCCGUAUUGCAUACCCUGACAAUGCUCCGCGAUAUAUUGCCAAUAUUUAGCAAGGAAUAUAUAAAGUCGUGCUGCGAGGCCGUCCUGUCCCUGAUGACGCACAACAACGUGUACAUAAAGACGUGCUGCCUGCACGCGCUGCACGCGCUGGUGUCGGCGCGCGGCCGCAGCAACCUGCCCGCGCCGCUCGCCGCGCAGCUGGCGCGGGCGCUGCUGGCCGCACGACCGCCCGCCGCCGACGCCGCGCAGGGCCUGGCCUGGGCCGCCGUGCUGCAGCAGACCUACUGCUGCCUCGCCAGUUUGGAUCUCAAUAUGUGUAUGCCGAAUCUGCCAAUGUUUGUGAACAUCUGUGUUACCGAGUUGUGGUUGUCGGAUGUGGCGGACAUCACCUCGGCGUCCACCAAUGCGUUGAAGGCCGUGCUACUGGACUGUGUGAAGCUAGCGAUUGAUUCCGAGGACUUUCCUAAAUACAAACCACAUGUGGAAUCCAUAUACAAGACCAUUGGCACAGGACUAGACAACCCGUUCAACCAUGCCAUCAAGCAUGUUAUCAUGACAUUAGCUGUAUGCUUUGAGAUUGGUACUGAAAAAGUAGCCUAUAUCCUUGGCCCACUACUCAAAAAGAUGAACGAUCGCCGCGAGAGCCACAAUUUCCACAACGAGAAAGAAGUAGAAUACGCCACCGGCUGUGCGAUCAAAUCCCUGGGUCCUGAAUUCGUCCUAAAAAAUAUACCACUGAGGGAUUCGCCGGAGAGCAUCAACCUCGACAGAAGUUGGCUAUUACCCGUCCUAAAAGAAAAGAUAGUCAAUUCCAAUAUAAAGUAUUUCGCGACGGAGAUACUAGAAAUGGCAACGUUCUGCCGAAAGAGGUCCAGGGAGCUGUCUCAAGCCAAGGACAUGCCCGGUUCGCACACGUACGAGCUACUCUGUAACCAGUUCUGGGCACUGUUGCCCAGUUUCUGUAACAACCCACAAGAUGUUAAGGAGAAUUUCAAGGCUGUAGCACGAGUGUUAGGUAACGUAUUAAAGGACAACCCGGAGUUCCGUCUGUCCAUAAUGCAAGCGCUACGCAAACUGAUCGCGUGUACGGCCGACAACGAGGCGGAUCGGGCGGAACUGGCCAGGUUUGCUAAGAACUACCUGCCUAUAUUGCUAAACAUAUAUAUGACACCGGCGAAGGGCAGCACCGCUGAAGGGCAGAGGCUGGCAGCAUUGGAAACUAUACAGGUAUAUCUAACAAUAAGUGACCAAGGACUCCGCGAGGAACUCUUCAAGAACGCUCUCCAGCAAUUAGAGUUAUCACAGGACAAUCAUUUCCAAAGGGAGUCCAUUCUGGACAUCAUCAGGCUGCUGGUACUGUACCAGGAUAGCGAUCAAAUAGCUGUACUGUUUGACAAAUGGGUGUACCCUCUUUGCGAGACGGUGCUAGAAGAUCCGAAGAAGUUUAAAAAAGCAAAGAAGGACAAGGACGCGAUGGAAGAAGAUGGCGGGGAAACAAAGAAGAAUGAGUUAAGGUACAAAGACAAGGCGAAGUUACUCGAAAUGGAGCACAAGAAAGCCUACAGGAUACUAGAGGAGAUCUUCAAGAGUGACAGAGACAACUGCAAGCAGUUCCUGACGGCCAACUAUAAGAAAGUAAAGAAAUUGUUGAUGACGUCACUGAACAAGGUCGCUGAUAGCAGUAAAGCGGCCAGAUUGAGAUGCAUAGAGCACUUAAUUAACGCGAUGCCAUCUGUAAACGCGGACAGCAAGCUACUGAAGAGCGCUGUAGCAGAGUCUGUGGUAUGCACGAAGGACAUCAAUUCCAAAUGCAGGCAGUGUGCCUUUAACGUUAUCAGUUGUGUUGGUAACAAGCUCAAGACGCAAGAAGGAGGUAUGCGCGGAUUCUUAUCACUGUUGCUAUCAGGACUGUCUGCCCCUCUUCCCCGCAUCGUCAGCGCCACCCUACGUUCGAUCGCGUCAGCACUCUUCAAUUUCUCCGAAGAUAUGGGCCUGGAGACUGUUCAGGAUCUACUGGAGAAAGUGGCUGAGCAAAUGCAAACUAACAACAGGGAGAUAGUGGCCGCUUCUUUGAGUUUCAUUAAGGUUUACACCAAAGUGAUACCAAGUGAAGUGCUAGCUGGCAGUCUGCCCAUUAUCUUCAAAGCCCUUUGUACAAUGUCUGACGAUUGCAAACGUCACUCCCGGCUGGAGAUAGGCUACUUCCUUACAAAGAUGGUGAGGAAGUAUGGCGCCGACACGAUAGAGAAGUUAGUGAAUGACGAGGUGAUGCUGCGAAGACUGAGGAAUAUAAGGAAGAUGGAGAAUAGAAGGAAGAGGAUCAAGGAUGGACAGAAGGAUCAAUCAAGUGACUCCGAAACGGACACACCAAUCAAGGGCACAUCGAAGACCCUAGAAGACAUACUCAAAGAUUCAGACUCGGAGAUGGAGUUCCUAGACGACGAGGACGAGAGGCCCAGACAGAAGGUUAAGAAGAACAAGGCCACUGCCAGGAACCAGGCGUGGAUCCAGGACGAUCCUGAAAAUAUUGUCGACUUGGCUGACGUGUCCUCGUCUAGGAAGAUAACGGCAACGGAUCCGAAUCAAAAGAAGAAAGCGGUAGAAGUAAAAGAGAAGAAGAAAGACGGCGGAUUCAGAACGGCACCCGACGGGCGGCUGAUCAUCACGGACGACGCGUUCGAUGGUGACGAUGAUAAUGACGAGCCGAGGCCGAGCGUUGACAUCGACAGUGACACUGAUGAUACGGACGAUGAAAACCAAGGAAAAUCAUCGAAACUGAUCAAGCCGGGCACCAAGCGUCGCUACGACGACAUACUCAGUAUCAAGAGCGGACGGUCCAACCGUAGUAAGGCUUCCACCGCCACGGUAACGUCCAAAUACAAGGCUGGCGGGAAAGGUAUACACAGGCCCAUUGGGUCAGCGGCAUCUGUAGCGUCAACCGUCGGCACAGAAUUUAGGUCUAAAAAGGCGAAAGGCGAUGUCAAGAAGAAGGGUAAACACGAUCCCUACGCGUACCUGCCACUGUCUAGGAAAAACUUGAACAGAAGAACGAGAGCAAUCACGUCGAAGCAAUUCAAGGGCAUCGUUAAAUCAAAAACAAAAGGCAGCAAAAUUAAAGCGAAAAAUAGAAAGUGAUUUUAUAUCAAGAUCUUGUAAUCGUUAUUGUGUAUAUUUACUUUUUGUUCGCAAUUAAGAUAAAUAUAAUGUGAUCUUUACGUUUUAAUAACAA